CCUUUGUCUCAUGUAAACAAACAUGGGAGGCAAGACGGUCGCUUAUUUCUAUGAUCCUGACGUCGGGAAUUUCCACUAUGGCCCUGGGCAUCCGAUGAAACCACACAGACUCUCCAUUACACACAGUCUUGUUUUACAUUAUGGGCUGUAUAAGAAGCUACAAAUCUACAGACCCUACAGAGCAAACUUCCAUGACAUGACAAGAUUUCAUUCUGAAGAAUACAUAGAUUUCCUUAUGCGUGUUUCUCCGCAAAAUGCUCAGAACUUCACAAAGAAUUUGGGGCAGUUUAAUAUGGCAGAUGACUGCCCAGUGUUUGAUGGCUUGUAUGACUUCUGCUCCAUGUACACUGGUGCCUCGUUAGAGGGAGCUGUCAAGCUGAACCACAAUUGUUGUGACAUUGCCGUCAAUUGGUCGGGAGGUUUGCAUCACGCCAAGAAAUUUGAAGCCUCAGGAUUCUGUUAUGUUAACGAUAUUGUAAUAGCCAUUCUAGAAAUGUUAAAGUAUCAUCCAAGAGUACUGUAUAUUGACAUAGACAUUCAUCAUGGCGACGGAGUACAAGAGGCUUUCUACCUCACAGACAGGGUUAUGACCGUUUCUUUCCACAAAUAUGGGAAUUAUUUCUUCCCAGGAACUGGUGACAUGUUUGAAAUUGGGCAUGAAAGUGGCAGAUAUUAUUCAGUGAAUGUGCCCUUAAAGGAGGGCAUUGAUGAUGCCAGCUACAUCCAGGUCUUCAAACCUGUCAUUGAAGGUGUGAUGGAGUUCUACCGUCCAACAGCCAUUGUUCUUCAGUGUGGUGCAGAUUCCCUCUCUGGAGACCGGCUUGGCUGCUUCUCACUCUCCACAAAAGGCCAUGGGUGUGUAUGGCAUGCUUUGUGUGUGAUUGUUUAUUUGUUUUUUUCUUGUUUGUUUUUGUAAGAAUUUAUGAGGUUU